AUGACAGAGAAAAAUAGUCCUCCAGCAGCAGUGGACCAAAUUAAAGCGUUGUCGCGGCCCUCUGGAGGUGCUGAAGGCAAACACCACAUUGUGAUAGUGGGGGCCGGUAUCAUAGGAGUGUGCACGGCGUACUACUUGACACGGCAUCCGUCAUUCGAUAAAUCGAAUUACCACAUCACGCUUCUGGAGUCUAAGCGGGUCGCUGGCGGCGCGUCCGGGAAGGCAGGCGGACUUUUGGCCACCUGGGCGUUCCCGCAGCAGAUUGUGCCUCUGAGUUUCCAACUGCACCAGGAGCUGAGCGACGAGUACAACGGGGAAACGCAGUGGGACUACCGGCGGCUGACAACGGUGUCGGUGGAGGCGGACGUGCAGAACGUGGCGGAAGAGGAGGAGGAUAACAAGGAGAGCAUCGGGGACAGUGCCAGCCACAAUGCGGGCUCUGCGUCGGACAAGAGCUCGAACAGCCGGUCGCACACGUUGGCGACGCGCAAGAAGACUCGCGACCCGCGCACCACGACGCCGAGCAGCAAGAAACGGUGCGCGAAAACCACGAGGAGCGAUCGCGGCGAGACUGGCCCCGACGGGGUGGACGAGGAAGACGAGGAAGACCAAGUGCCAGACGAAGGUGAAGAGGAGGACGAAGUAGAUGGGAGCGUCGACGACGAAUACGAGGCCGACGCCGACUCCGAGGCCGUGAGUUCGUCUCAGGCGCAAUCCGAUUCGGACUCUGACGAGAUUCAAGAGUCGUACGGAAUGAGCAGCGGUUCAGGUAGCAGCUCCAACGCUUCCAGCUUGCCCGAGGAUCUCAAUUGGAUCAGGACCCAGCUGGUGCGUGACUGGUCGUCCCUGGGUGGCACGGACUCCACCGCCCAGGUGCACCCUUACAAGUUCACGCAUUUCAUCUUGAACGAGGCCAUGAAAACUGGGGCAGUUGACCUUAUCCUGGGUAAAGUCAAAGAAAUCCACUUCGACGACAUGGGAUGUGCCUCCGGUGUCUCCUACAUUCCGACCUCCGACGAAUUUGAGGGUCAGCCCGAAACAACAGAAAUGCUGGGAGCCCAACAAGUCGUGUUGGCCAUGGGGCCUUGGACCUCCAAGAUUCUACCUGAUUGUCCAAUAUCGGGCCUAAGAGCCCAUUCCAUCACUAUCAAGCCAUCCACGGGCACUGUCUCCCCCUAUGCUAUCUUCACAGAGUUGAAAAUUGGCCGCAACAAGUACUUUUCUCCCGAAAUGUACGCGCGGAAAGAUGAAGUAUACGUUUGUGGCGAGGGUGACACUCUAGUCGAGCUACCCGAAACUACAGAUGCUGUGGAGGUUGUGCGCGAGAAGUGCGACGAAUUGUAUCACUACGUUUCCAAACUAUCUCCCAACCUGUCAAAGGGCCACAUUCUAAAAAGACAAGCCUGUUAUUUGCCCGUACUCAACGUUCCCACAAGCUCGGGACCAUUGAUAGGUGAAACAAACAUUGAAGGUUUGUACGUGGCUUCGGGUCAUUCGUGUUGGGGAAUCAACAACGCUCCCGGUACAGGUAAGAUCAUGAGUGAAGUUUUACUAGACGGUGUCGCGACUAGUGCCGAUAUCUCCGCACUGGACCCUGGCUUAUAUUUCGAUGCUAGCAUCUUGGAAUGA